GAGGGGAAGGCGGCUCCGCACAGCCAAGAUGGCGGCGGUGGAGCUGGAGUGGGUGCCCGAGACGCUCUACAACACGGCCAUCUCGGCCGUCGUGGACAGCUACGGGCGGGCGCGGCGCCGCGACAUCCGCUCGCUGCCCGAGAACAUCCAGUUCGACGUGUACUACAAGCUUUACCAACAGGGCCGCUUGUGCCAGCUGGGUAGUGAAUUUUGUGAACUAGAAGUUUUUGCAAAGGUGCUACGAGCUUUAGAUAAAAGACAUCUGCUCCAUCACUGUUUCCAGGCUCUGAUGGACCAUGGAGUCAAGGUUGCUUCUGUCCUGGCCUAUUCCUUCAGCAGACGGUGCUCCUACAUUGCAGAGUCAGAUGCUGCUGUGAAAGAAAAAGCAAUCCAGAUUGGCUUUGUUUUAGGGGGGUUCCUGUCAGAUGCAGGCUGGUACAGUGAUGCUGAGAAGGUUUUCCUUUCCUGCCUUCAGCUGUGCACCCUCCACGAUGAAAUUCUUCACUGGUUCCGUGCUGUGGAGUGUUGUGUGAGGUUGCUGCACGUCCGGAACGGGAACUGCAAGUACCACCUGGGCGAGGAGACGUUCAAGCUGGCACAGUCCUACAUGGACAAGCUGGCCAAGCACGGGCAGCAGGCCAACAAGGCGGCGCUGUACGGCGAGCUCUGCGCCCUGCUCUUCGCCAAGAGCCACUACGAUGAGGCCUAUAAGUGGUGCAUAGAAGCCAUGAAGGAGAUCACAGUUGGGCUGCCUGUAAAAGUAGUGGUGGAUGUGCUACGACAAGCGUCAAAGGCCUGUGUGGUGAAACGGGAGUUCAAGAAGGCUGAGCAGCUCAUAAAGCACGCCGUGUACCUUGCCAGGGAGCAUUUUGGAGCCAAGCACCCCAAAUACUCUGACACGCUACUAGACUAUGGAUUUUACUUGCUCAACGUAGACAAUAUCUGCCAAUCUGUUGCCAUCUAUCAGACAGCGCUCGAUAUCCGGCAGUCUGUAUUUGGAGGUAAAAACAUCCACGUAGCUACAGCUCAUGAAGACUUGGCUUAUUCCUCAUAUGUUCACCAGUACAGCUCUGGGAAAUUUGACAAUGCAUUAUUCCAUGCUGAACGUGCUAUUGGCAUUAUCACUCAUAUUCUCCCAGAAGACCAUCUCCUCUUGGCCUCUUCAAAGAGAGUUAAAGCGCUUAUCCUGGAAGAGAUUGCCAUAGACUGUCACAACAAGGAGACAGAGCAGAGGCUGCUCCAGGAGGCUCAUGACCUGCACCUCUCCUCGCUCCAGUUGGCUAAAAAAGCCUUUGGGGAGUUCAACGUGCAAACAGCCAAACACUACGGCAACCUGGGCAGACUGUAUCAGUCCAUGAGGAAGUUCAAGGAAGCAGAGGAAAUGCACAUCAAGGCCAUCCAGAUCAAGGAGCAGCUCCUAGGGCAGGAGGAUUAUGAAGUUGCCCUCUCCGUGGGCCAUCUCGCCUCCCUCUACAACUAUGACAUGAACCAGUAUGAAAAUGCUGAAAAGCUUUAUCUGAGAUCCAUAGCAAUUGGAAAGAAGCUUUUUGGUGAAGGAUACAGUGGACUUGAAUACGAUUACAGAGGUCUCAUUAAACUGUACAAUUCCAUUGGCAAUUAUGAGAAGGUGUUUGAGUACCACAACAUUUUGGCCAAUUGGAACCGGUUGCGGGACCGGCAGUUCUCGGUCACGGAUGCGCUGGAGGACGUCAGCACCAGCCCCCAGUCCACAGAAGAAGUGGUCCAGUCUUUUCUGAUGUCUCAGAACCUCGAUGGACAGAGCAGCUAAGAACUUGGUCAAUUAACCAGUUAAGGUUUUUUCCCCCAGGUUACAGGGGGAAAAGUCAUACUGUGAAAUCUAAACCAUGUAGUUCUCUGGGGGCUGGAAUUUGCAUUGAAACACUGGUCCAGUCUACUGAAGAGUGCCCAUACGGAUGAAUGUGUGUUAAAUUCCUCUCAGCAUGUGUAUGGCAUGUUUAGUUCGGCUCACAUUUUUAACUUGGUAUUCCCAAAAAAAAAAAACCCCCUUCUUUCUCUCUUCUUUCAAAAGAAGCUACUUUGCAGAAAGCCUGCAAGAAAACAUUAAAUAAAACUGUUUGAGUUCAAAAGAGUUGCAUUCUUAUUACGGAUGGAAGGUUUCAUCGAGAGCUUUCUGCCGAUUCACAGAGAGAACAAAAGCUGUACUCUGAGGAGCUGUAGGAGAAAGGUCUUGCUGCUGUAUCACUGUAGCAAAGCUCAUGGUAAAUGGCCAGCAAAGGGAGGAUGUGCUGGCCUUGGCUGCUGCCUUACCAAGAGAAGUGGCAAAGACCCACUCUGGAGAGCACCAUCCUCUCGCUGAGUGCCACCUGUGCUGUUGUGGAUGCCCUGAACUGGACCAGUACAGAUCCCAUAGACCAGCAACCACAGUGUCCUCGGUGCCACCACCAGUGCUCCCCCCGAGCAGGACCAGGACACCACAGUGGACCAGCCUGCUAGAAACCGUUUUGGACCAGUGGCUUUAAUUUAAUAUUUCUGCCCCUGCAUUCACUUUGACAGUAGAACUCUCUCAUUUAGGUGUCUGAUCAGUGCAAAUGAUAUCUGUGUGAUAGAUCCAGAGCUAGGAAGUGAAUUGAUGGUUUGUCUGUACCCAGUGAGCUUCUGCAGAGAUUCCUGGCAGUGCCACAGCUCCACACGCUCCACUCUGCUGCAGCCACUCCUCCUUUCCUCUCCCAUGGGCUCUUCCUCUGCUGAUGGUGGCCAUACCUUGUUUAUACCAGUGAAGAGUUUUGUAUUCCAGUCCAGUUCUGUUUUCUGUUUCUGGAGAACGCAACUUACUGUACAGUUCACAGGGGUCAGUGGAAAAUGCCAAAAAGCACAACAGGUCUUUUUUUUUUGUGAUGCUUCAUUUCUACAUUAAACAAGAGUACAACCAGAAA